AUGUCGUCUCCCCGGGAGAUCCGUUGGGGCAUCAUGGCCACAGGGUGGAUAGCCCAAACGUUUGUGAAGGAUAUCCUCCUCGAUCCCGCUACGCGAGGAGUCACCGACAUUCGCCAUGUUGUGACGGCGGUAGCUUCGUCUUCGUCCGUCUCGUCGGCAGAAAAAUUCGUCGCCAACUUCGUCGCCCCUUCUCAGUCCGCCAAAUCUGCCGUCUAUGGCUCCUACGAGGAACUGGUGAAAGACUCCAGCGUCGACAUCAUCUAUAUCGGCUCGCCACACUCUCAUCACUACCAAAAUGCCAUGCUCUGCCUCAGCCACAAUAAGCCCGUACUUUGCGAAAAGGCCCUGACAGUCAAUGCCGCACAGGCAAAGAUCCUGUACAAGACUGCGAAGGAGAAGAAUCUGUUCUUCAUGGAGGCCGUCUGGACGAGAUACUUCCCUCUCAGCAAGGCUAUCAGGAAACACAUAUCAGACAACGACAUUGGUGAAGUGAUUCGCGUCACCUCCGACUUGAGCAUCGGCGCCGUACCCGAGAAGGAUUUUGAUCUCGGCCAUCGCAUGGUGAACCUCGAUCUGGCCGGCGGCGCACUUCUGGACCUGGGCAUCUACGCCUUGACCUGGGUGUUUCAGACGGUAUACCAUACACUAUCGGCGGAGCUGCAACAGCAGUCCCGUCCACGGAUGGUUGGCGCAGCAAUGACACCGGAACCACGGACCGGUGCCGAUGAGUCAACACUGAUGCUCCUCGAAUUCCCCAAGUCCACUCCCACGGGCAAGACGAAGACACACGCCGUUGCCACCACCGCCAUGCGCGUCAGCGAUGACCCGGCGCGGAAUCAUGCAGGGAGUGGAGAGAUAGAGACUCCCGCUGUGCGAAUCCAAGGCGAAAAGGGGGAGAUACAAGUAUAUGGCCCUAUCUACCGUCCGACGAGAUAUAGAUUGGUGCCCAAGGAUAAAGGCUCGGAUAUUCUGGAUAGGCAUUUUGAGUUUGAAGGUGGUGCACAUGGCAUGACGUACGAAGCCGACGAAGCCGCUCACUGCCUGGUCGCAGGCAAGCUCGAAUCCGAGGGCCUGCCAUGGGCAGAAUCGACCUUGAUCAUGGAAAUUAUGGACGAGGCCAGAAAGCAAGGCGGGCUCGUCUACCCAGACGCGAUCGAGAGCACGGAUUACCCUGUCAAGCUAACUGCAAAGACAUCGUAG